AUGCCAUCCUUUGCUAUCGAGGUGCCCGGCGAGGCUAAUCCCCUUUCAGAAGGCACCCUCGUUCACACCCUCCAAUCCGCCUCUUCUUCCGAUCCGAAUCAGAUCCAGACUGGAACUAAGCAACUCGCACAAUGGGAGAAGUCGCCUGGCUUCUAUCGUCACCUUCAGAGUGCAUACCUCGAUACUAGGGUACCAGUCGAAGUCCGCUACCUGGCUAUAAUUCAGCUCAAAAACGGCAUCGACAAGUAUUGGAGAAAGACUGCAACCAACGCCGUCCCGAAGGAGGACAAAGAAGUCAUCAGAUCACGUCUCAUCGACAGCGUGCUCAACGAACACGACAGUCGGCUUGCCCUCCAGGAUGCCCUCGUCAUUGCGAAGAUCGCUAGGUACGAAUUCCCAAACGACUGGCCUGAAGCUAUCUCCGGUUUCGUCAGCGUCAUACGAAAUCAGAACACACCACCCCUACAACUAGCUCGCGCUCUUCUCACUCUCUUGCACAUCGUCAAGGAGCUCUCAACUGGUCGGCUCCAGCGCACGCGGCAAUACUUGCAAGCCGCAACUCCAGAAACCAUUGCCGUCGUUGGCAAUGUCUACGCAGGCUUGGUGGAGAGCUGGAAGCCAUUGCCGAAUGCAGACGACAUGCAGCAGAGUUUGCUCGCGAUCAAGCUCUUGAGACGUCUCUUGAUCUCUGGCUACGAGCAUCCAAACCGAGACUCUGACGUCGUCGGUUUCUGGAAUCUCUCACUUCAGCAGUUGGACACAUUCCUGCAGAUGUUCAACAACGCUGCCGGGCAAUUGCCUCAAAAUGCCAUCACAUUGCUCGGCCGGCAUACUCUUCAGCUCGCCAAGCUUCACCACGAAAUGGCGAAAGAUCACCCAGCCGCAUUCGCUCUUCUACCAAACUCUUUGGCGAUGACCAAUUCAUAUUGGAGUCUGAUCAAGAACUUUGGUGAGAGCUUUGGUUCGAGACAAGCCGUAACGUCGGCCAUCAAUUCUGCGAAGAUUGGUACAGAUGGUGACGCAGCAGAGGAGAAGCCGUUCACAGAGAAGAUUGCUCUAAAAGGCCUGUUGAUCAUCCGUGCCUGUGUCAAAAUGGUGCACAAUCCUACGCAGGCCUUCAAGUACCGGACCCCAGAAGAUAAGGAGGAGAAGAAUCAAGCUACCGAAGUACUGAAGCAGUCCUUGCUGACAGAAUCUUUCGUUCGCGAAGUCAUGGAGACGAUGGUGACUCGUUUCUUCGUCUUCCGAGCGAGCGAUUUGCGAGAAUGGCAAGAAGAGCCCGAAGAGUGGGAGAAGCGUGAAGAAGGUGACGGCGACGACUGGGAGUUCUCAGUACGCUCGUGCUCGGAGAAGCUCUUCCUUGACCUUGCCAUCAACUACAAGGACAUCAUCAUGGAGCCAUUACUCAAUGUCUUCUACUCUGUCGCCAAUCCUGAGAAUGAGGAUGUCCUGUUCAAGGAUUCUGUCUACACGGCAAUCGGACUAUCAGCCUCGGUCGUUCACCAAAAUCUUGACUUCGAUGCUUUCAUCCGCGACGUACUGGUCGCCGAAGUGCAGAAGUCCACACCUGGUUUCAACAUUCUCAGACGACGAGCAGCAAUCCUGCUUGGACAGUGGAUCUCUGUGAAGGUCUCCCAACAAAGCAGACCAUUAGUCUACCAGAUCUUCCAACACCUACUCAACCCAGACAACCCCUUGAAUGACCAAGUCGUGCGAGUCACGGCUGGUCGCCAGUUCUUGAACGUCGCCAGCGACUGGGAAUUCGCGCCCGAACACUUCCUCCCUUACGCCCAGACGAUUUUGACCCAGCUCAUGCAGCUGAUCGGCGAGGUGGAGCUGACUGAUACGAAGAUGGCUCUACUCAACACUAUCAGUGUGAUUGUCGAACAUGUCGAUCAGCAAAUCACACCAUUCGCUGAGCGCAUUGUCAACCUCCUUCCAGGCCUCUGGGAGGAGUCGGGUGAAGAACACCUCAUGAAGCAAGCUAUCUUGACGAUUCUCGCGAGACUGGUCAACGCUAUGAAAGCCGAUUCACUACCUCUCCAUCCUAUGGUCUUCCCGAUCAUCAAAGGUGCCGUAGAGCCAGGCUCGGAGACGCAGGUAUACUUACUCGAGGAUGCGCUCGACCUUUGGGCAGCUGUUCUCAUCCAGACACCGUCUGACUCCGCCUCUCCCGAACUAUUGAGUCUCGUGCAGUAUCUAUACCCAAUUUAUGAGCUGGGGUCGGAGAACCUACGCAAGGCUUUGGAGAUCACGGACUCGUAUGUGAUACUCGCUCCGCAACACAUGCUGUCGCGAGAUGUACGGCUCAACCUUUUCGUCGCACUUUCGAAGCUUAUCGGAUCACUCAGACCUGACGCAAACGGGAUUGUGUGCAACCUUGUUGAGACGACACUUCGUCUAGCGCAAAGACAGUAUGUCGCAGCUUCUCUCCCUCUGGGAGACUUCAGCAGCGCCAUAUUCAUGAUCACAUGGGACUUGGCCCAAACAUCGGACCCGAAGACAGGUGAGAAUGGCUUUCUUCCAAAAUUACUUCAAGGGCUCCGGGGCUCGUGGCUCGCUCACUGUACGACUGGGCCAAACGCCAAGGAGGCUCCUGUGGAUGGCAUUGUCGAGACGGAUUACUUCGCCAUCUUCGCGCGGGCGAUCUUGGGCUCGCUUGAUGGCUUCUUGUAUGCGUGCCAAGCUGCUGCUUCUACGGCCUUCUCCGAGCAGCAGCCUUUAGAGGCGCUCAUGAAGUGGCUGCUCGAGGAGUGGUUCUCGCACUUUGAGAACAUUGGUGAUCCAGCCAGACGCAAGUUGAUGUGUCUCGCCCUGACAAAGCUCCUCGAGACCAACCAACCGUUCAUUCUGCUGAAUCUGCAAUCACUCAUGACGGUCUGGACGGACGUGGUCACCGAGCUUCGAGAAGAUGCUGCCGAUGCAGGUGGCGAUGCGUUGGUGUAUGGUUCUGAGAUGGCGAACACCGCUUCUGCUUCAGGACCCGAACAGCCGGAAGAUGCUCGACGUUGCCAGUUGACAGCAUCCGACGAUGUGCACACGAUCAACAUCACGGACUUCAUCAAGUACUACCUGCAGCAGGCAAUUGCAGCGACGGGAGGCAAUGACCAAUUCAAAGAACAGUGGCUUGCCAAUGUGGACAAGGACGUGGUCAAGGGAUUUUCUGAGUUGGGUAUCAUGUGA